AUGACAGAACGGAUAGCCGCAGUGGCGAGCGGGACGUGGUUGUGGGCUGAAGAGGUGCCUUGGGGAGCUGAUUCGCCAGGCCCUGCAGCGAAUGGGGCUGUGAGACGCUGCCUUUUGACCCCAGACGACGACAGCAGAUCUCAGCCGUCCAAACGACGGCAGGAUUGUUGGCCCACCCCCCGGUUCCCCAUUGACGGCCGUGCAAAUUCCGCAGGCGCUGUCCAUAUGAAAAUUGCGGCGAGGUCGAUGCAGCUGGGCCACUGCUGUCCAAUUGAAAGGCGACAUUGGCGCCUCUGGGUGUUGGCCUGCCCAUCUAUUCCCAACUCGGCCAUACACCCAACGUCCUCCAUCCUCCACAAGCUUUCCACGCCAUGUACCGACGGCGGGGCUAUUACAGGCGGCUCUCGAAACUUUGAAUCGCGUUCAAGCGCACGCCGUAGCUUAACGUCGCCACUAGCAUGGCAUGAUUAUUCUGCCAUACUCGAACAGCUCUAA